ACAUCACCACCACCACCACCACCACCACAGAAACCACCAAAACCAACGAUCUCUCCCUCCUCUCUAACCCACCAAAAGCACCCAUCUUUCCCACUCUGCGUCUCGGCCAUGGCUGCCGCUGCUACUGCGAAGACGAUGAGAGCUCUGCAGUACGACAAGUACGGCGGCGGAGCAGAGGGCCUCAAGCAUGUGGAGGUGCCGGUCCCGGCGCCCAAGGAAGGGGAGGUGCUGAUCAAGAUGGAGGCCGCCAGCAUCAACCCCAUCGACUGGAAGAUUCAGAAGGGGAUGGUCCGGCCAUUCCUGCCCAAGAAGUUCCCGUUCGUUCCAGUUGGUGAUCUGUCCGGCGAAGUGGUCGAGCUCGGCGCCGGCGUGAGCGGCUUCAAGCCAGGAGACAAGGUCAUCUCCAUGAGCUUCCCGAACUGCGGCGGGCUCGCCGAGUACGCGGUGGCGCCGGCGUCGCUGACGGUGGCGAGGCCGCCUGAGGUGUCUGCGGCCGAAGGCGCCAGCCUGCCGACGGCCGCGGGCACGGCGCUCCAGCAGCUGAAGGCCGCCGGAGUCAGGUUCGACGCGCCGGGCGCCGGCGCCGGCGCAGACGGCCCCAAGAACGUGCUGGUCACCGCGGCCUCCGGCGGCGUGGGCCACUACGCCGUGCAGCUCGCCAAGCUCGCCGGGCUGCACGUCACGGCCACCUGCGGCGCGCGCAACCUCGGCUUCGUCGGCGGCCUCGGCGCCGACGAGGCGCUCGACUACAAGACCCCCGGCGGCGCCGCCCUGCGGAGCCCGUCGGGGAAGAAGUACGACGCCGUGGCGCACUGCGCGCCGCCGGCGCCGUGGUCCACGUUCAAGAACGUCCUGGCCGACGCCGGCGGCGCCGUCGUCGACGUCACUCCUGGCAUCGCCGCCACCGCCACGGCGUUCCUGCACAAGGUGACGUUCUCCAAGAAGAGGCUCGUGCCAUUGAUCCUGAUGCCCAAGAAGGAGGAGAUGGAGUGGCUGGCCGACAUGGCCAAGCAAGGGAAGCUCAAGACCGCCAUAGACUCCACGUACCCUCUGAGCAGAGCGCACGAGGCUUGGGCUAAGAGCAUGGAAGGCCACGCCACAGGCAAGAUCAUUGUAGAAAUGGGAAGCACAGAUUGAGCAGUAGAAAAUUGCAAUGUAUGUAUCUUGAGUUCUUUGACCUCCUCCAAGAAAGGCUUGUGCCAUUAACGCCAAGAUUGGGCCAUGAAAUCAGAAAGAUUUAACAGACCCGAUCAAGAUUGUUGUGAUCACUCAGAGUCAUUCACGUUAGAGUAAGGGCUAAUAAUAUAGCCAGCAAGUUGGCUAUAAAAUUUUUUAUAGUUUUCUCUCAGUCCAUAUAGCAGUUAGCUGUUUAUAGUUAAUAUUUUUAUACCAAAGCUAGCUAUAAGUUUAUAGUCUGUUUCUCCUCUCUCUUCUUUACCUCCGUAUUUAGCUGGCUUAUAGCCUGCUAUUAUAGUUAGCACUUACAAAACAGCCAGCUAUCCUCUUCAGCUGUCACACUUGUUCUAGAACAUUGUUGCUCUUCUUAAAACCACUCCAGGAAUAUCAACAGUGG